GCUUCUCCCCGCGUGGCCCGUUAUAGCGUGCGAGGGGCGGGAGCAGCCGUGAGUCGCGCUUCUUCUUCGGAAGGAGGCCAGAGGGGAGGGGGCCGAAGGAAGGAGGGAGAGAAGGAAGGAAGGAGCCCGGGGCGCGUGGGUCCCAUAUAAGCCGCAGAUCUUUCAUCCCUAGUUGAAUUACCACUGCUUCAAUCAAGAUGGCACCAGCCAUUGGAGGCCCUGUAGGAUACACCCCACCAGAAGGAGGGUGGGGUUGGGCUGUCGUUGUUGGGGCCUUUAUAUCUAUUGGCUUUUCCUAUGCAUUUCCGAAAUCCAUUACCGUCUUUUUUAAAGAGAUAGAGAUAAUCUUUGAUGCAUCUAGCAGCAAAGUAUCCUGGAUCUCCUCAAUUAUGCUUGCAGUAAUGUAUGGAGGAGGUCCUAUCAGCAGCAUCCUGGUAAACAAGUAUGGGAGUCGGCCAGUCAUGAUUGCAGGAGGCUGCCUGUCAGGAUGUGGCUUGAUUGCUGCCUCUUUCUGCAAUACUGUCGAGGAGCUCUACUUUUGUGUUGGGGUUGUGGGAGGUCUUGGGCUUGCAUUUAAUUUAAACCCAGCCUUGACCAUGAUUGGCAAGUACUUCUACAAGAAGCGACCAAUAGCUAAUGGACUGGCUAUGGCAGGCAGCCCUGUGUUCUUGUCUACACUGGCUCCUUUAAAUCAAUAUUUCUACAGCAUUUUUGGAUGGCGAGGGAGCUUCUUGAUUCUUGGAGGCCUCUUGCUGAACUGUUGUGUGGCUGGGUCUCUAAUGAGACCAAUAGGUCCAAAGCCAAGUCAAGCAAAACAAGAGGUUAACAAGGAAGCAUUACAAGAAGCUGGGAAGAUGGUGAAAAAAGAAGAAGGAGCAGGAGAUGUCAGUACAGAUCUUAUUGCUGGGAAGUCUAAGAAGGAGAAAUCUACAGUCAUCCAGACUAUUAACAAAUUUUUGGAUUUGUCUCUCUUCACACAUCGUGGCUUCUUGCUCUAUCUGUUUGGCAAUGUAGUCAUGUUUUUUGGACUAUUUACUCCGUUAGUCUUUCUCAGUAACUAUGGGAAGAGUAUGCAUUUUUCUAAAGAAUCUUCUGCCUUCCUACUGUCCAUUUUGGCCUUUGUCGAUAUGGUUGCCAGGCCAUCCAUGGGCUUGGUGGCAAACACCAAGUGGGUGAGGCCCAGGAUCCAGUAUUACUUUGCUGUGUCUGUGAUCUAUAAUGGAGUAUGCCACCUUAUGGCACCUUUAUCCACCACCUAUGCUGGCUUUUGCAUCUAUGCUGGUUUCUUUGGAUUUGCCUUUGGCUGGCUUAGCUCCGUCUUGUUCGAAACACUGAUGGAUUUAGUUGGAACACAACGGUUCUCCAGUGCUGUUGGUUUGGUGACUAUUGUGGAAUGUUGCCCUGUGCUUUUGGGACCACCUCUCCUAGGUAAACUCAAUGAUAUGUAUGGAGACUACAAAUACACCUAUUGGGCAUGUGGCGUAAUCUUGAUCAUCUCUGGAAUCUUCCUGUUUAUUGGGAUGGGCAUCAAUUACCAGCUUGUGGCAAAAGAACAAAAGGCUGAGGAUAAGCAGAAGGCUGAAGGGAAGGAAGAAGAAACUAAUAUUGAUGAGGGUGAAAAACAAAAGGAGUCUGGCAAUGAUGUGGCCAAUCAGCCCCAGAAAACUACAGAAGAUGGUGUAAAGGAAGAAGAUAGCCACAUGUGAAAGACUGGUAGCUAAUCCAGGAGGGUAUGAGUUUUAUCAACGCAGAUGGGGGAGCACUGCUGGUAGUAAAUAGAGGUGAAAAGUGUAUAAAUCAGGUUAUCUUUAAAACAAAGCUGCAAAUUGUCUUGUUAUCAGCAUUUGAGAGAAGUUACAGCUAAUUGGGCAGUGCCAUCUUUUUACAGGGGGGUUGGAUGGGGAGGGAGGGAAAUUUUUGUACUCUGGCUUUUUUAACAGUAAUGUGAAUGUACUAAUAUGUGCCUUAGAGCUUGCACAUUUAGGCUAUUCUUGCAAAGCCUUAACUCCAUUCUAGAAACCUUGCAGGUUUGUAGUCUACCUGGGCUAUAUCUGUCAAGGAUAUCUGACUACUUUUAUUCACUAGAUCUCAAAGUUGCUUGAACAUUGCUUCACAAGUUUCUAAAAUCCAUUACCGUCAGACGUAGUAAAAGUACUUCUUUGGAGCACAGGUCAGAAAAGAUUGGUGAAUAUUUAAAGAAUAGUAUUGCAGUCCUAAUGUUUUUGGAUGCCAGACUCAUACCAACUUGGCUGAUAUUUCUAAUAACAUUUGGAAACAUUUCUAAUUAUUGUGAAUAUUUCUUGCUAUUAUCUUUCCUAGUUAAAUCUCAGAAUUGAAUAAAAUAUGCAGAUACACACUGCAUACUGUCUUCAGUUGACACACUAUACAGUCUGACUUACCUUGUGACUGUCGUUAUUUUUUCUGUUUCCCAUUAGCCUAAAACAGGGGUGGGGAUGAAGCAACCCUCCAGAUGUUGCUGGACUGUAACCCCCAGCUGUUCUCACCAUUGGCGAUGCCAGCUAUAGUGUCGAAACACUGUGUAAUUUAUAUCUCUGGCCUAAAAUGUCUGUCUUGAGAAAAUAAUAAGAAAUGAAACCUGUAUUAAUGCAAGAAGGUGAGCUGAUUAAACAGAAUAUGCUUAAACUGUGAUGCUACUUUUUCACAAUCUGUUCUAUGCGUUCUUUAGAUGAACUUAACUUUGAAUAGGAAAGACUAAAGAUCUCAUCUUAAGCAUGCUUGCUUUGAAAGUACUUAUCCAAAACACAACGUGUCAUGUGGUCAGCAUCAUUACCAUUCCUGCUGAUACUAGACUACCGUGUCUAACCAACUUUGCUUCCUCCAAAGGGAUGCAUUUUUAUUUUAUAACUUCUUCAAAAUAUGUACUGCCCUAUUUAAUUAUAUAUAGUCAGCCCUCCACAUUUGCUGGGGUUAGGGGCACAGGACCCCAGUGAAAGUGAUUUUUAACCAGAGAAUAUCUCUAGGGAUUUCUAGGUCUUCCAGUGCAAUUCUAUGGUCAGCUUCCAGAGGAAGAACGUAGAGAUUCCUAGAGGGAACAUUUAAAUAAAAUCUCUGACUAAUCAAACAUAUAAAUGUAGAGGGCCAACUGUAUCGUGUUGAACAUUAGCAAUAUUGCUGAGCAGAUACCUCUUUUAAACUUGUGCUUACAAUACAUUUGUUCAAAAGCAACAUGUAUACAUCAGAAACAGAUGCAUUAAUUGUUCACAGUUUUCUUUUGUGCUCCCAAUUCCAAACGGAUUAAGAAUUUGCCAUGAUGGUGUCUUGCCCAUUUGCAAGACACUUUCGCUGGUCAAGAUGUGAUAAUCCUUUUCAUGUGCGUUACUAUUUUUAUUUUUUUGGUACUGACAAUAAUCACAUCUUUUAUGGGAGAAUAAGCAGAGAGCAGUUAAUCAAUAUUUCUUUGAAUUGUUGACUUUUUUCAAAUACAUUCUGGUGUUCAGUGUACCCACCAACUUUGGGCAGUUUCUUCCUACUUUAACUAUUUUAUAAUAUUUAACCUUUUACAGCCACAUUCCAAAAUGCAUGAAUAUAGUGAUCAAUUAUGGGCCUGAUUGUAAGGAGAUAGAAGCAAGAACUCUUUAUAGUGUAAAACUAUAUUCCAUUAAACUGUCAAGUAUGGAUUCAAUUAAACCAAUGAAAGCUCCUCUAAAAAAUGGUACAGUGAACACAAAACAUGUGUAUGCCUGUUACAAACAUCUUUUUUUCCUGUUUAUUAUAUGAAGACAUUCCCCAAAGUUUCUUCUGUACCAAAAUUGUGACAGAAUAAACUUUGGGAACUUUUCAAAUAAGUGCUUACAGAAUCUAUGACUCUUCACUCACCCUAUGUGACUACCCAAUGCUACAAAAACAAUGCUUCCUGGUUAUCUGACACACUUCAACGUUCAAUACAAGAGUUUAAUCAUUUGUAUGAACCUUUCCAUUUAAAUUUCUGUCUUCAAGACACACAUGGUGGUAUAAUUUGUUGUUUCAGUUUUUCAACAACACUCUUCAAAUGUUCUUCAUCUUUGAAAAAGUACACAUAGAGUUUUAUUUCCAUUUGUUGUAGCUUAUUAUUUUUCAGAAACUUCUUAUGUCAACAAGAACCAUUAUAAGCUGAUUUAAUUUGUUUAGCUGGAAUUCCAAUCGCUGAAAGUAUUCAUUUAGUCUCUGAUUACUCAGACAGAUGCUUUCACCACUGCAUAAAGAAUCACAAAGGGCAAUUACAUUCUCAUCCACAUUUGAUCUUAGUUAUUGUUAGUCGAUCAAGUAGUGCCACUUUAUCUAGAUGUAGCUCUUCAGACAUCUGCUUAAGGGCUUCGUGUGUUCUGAACAACUGUUUUGGAUUCUUCUCUUCAAGAAGGUGAUAUAACCUUUGUGUUGCAUUAUCCUUCAAAUCAGUAGUACUCCUCAGGAUUUUAUGAUGGGAUAUGGAUGGCUCAGACAUUGUUUCUAGUGUCUGGGCCAAAGUAUCACUGCUCCGUUUCAGAUCAUGAACCAUAUUUUCAAGCAGAUGGCUAUAAUACCCAAAUUUUCUCAAUUCAGUUUCAUAAGUCAACUGAAGAAAUUCAGAUGAUGACUUCUGUUUAAUCAGCUGGUGACAAAUUUGAUCUUUUUUAUAUGUAGUAUGCCUGUAGAGCAAUCUGUAGAUCAACCUCACCUCCAAACACUGGCAUAUUCAAUAACUACAUCCUCAUUUAUCAAGAAAGGCAAAGUUUCACUGCUUAUCUGAGCCAAGUGGUUUUUUUAUUUUUGAAAUCACAUUGUUCAGCCUAGAAAUCCUAGGUUCAGCUUUUUCUUUUCCAAGAAUACUCUUUAAAGAAGAAAUAAUUUCUUUUACCCAAUGAAGACCUACUUUCAAGCUUAGAUUUUUAGCCUUCUGUUGAAUCAGUUGGUGCUUAGCACAAAUAUAUGACAUCACUACAGCUAGUAAUACAGAAGGAGCAUCUAGCUCCUUCUGUCCAGGCACAACUGUAAGGAAAGAAGAUAGCUUCGCCACUCCUUCAGAAACAGACUGCAACUUAUUAUUUAUCUUUGUAUUUAGGGCAAAGAAAACCCCUGGCCCUCUUUCAUAUUUUUAAGCAUUUCUUCUUCUCUCUCUUUAACUUUCAGAGACUUUAGACUGGUGCUUGAAGCCACUUUUUAAAGCUUGUUGUGUUAAUUUUUAGCUAUUUCUUCUUUUGAAGAGUCAGAAAUUCAUCUUCCAACGCUCUAAGGUUUGCUUCCUCCUCACAUUUCUUGGUGUUUAAUUCCAGAGAUUUUCACACCUUGAUAGCUUCAUCUAGUGCAGUGGUUCUCAACCUCUGGGUCUCCAGAUGUUUCGGACUUCAACUCCCAGAAACGGAUGGUAAAUUGGCUAGGAUUUCUGGGAGUUGUGGGCCAAAACACCUGGGGAUCCGCAGACUGAGAAUCACUGAUGGAGCGCCUCUUUUAAUGCUGGCUUUGAUGACUUGAGAAUAGCAAAGGACUGCAGUUCUUCCUUUGAUACUACAUUAUGUUCAUCAACAGUUAUACAAAACCAUUCCAGAAAUUACUUAUCUUCAAAGUCUUAAAUAACCACUUAAACUCUUCUCCAGUAAUAGAAUUCACUUUGGGAUAUUCUAUCUUUAGAGUUUCAACAAUCUGAAUUCCACAGUCCAUGAUGUCAGAUGUCAACUGAUUAUCUGCUAGUAAGCUUCAAAAGCCUCUGCCACAAACAAAAGUACAGUGAACAAGGAGCAGGAAGGACCCGCCGCCACCUCCUCCGGCUCCCUUCCCUCCCCUUACUUAUGAAAGCUAGUAGGCCGCAAGAGAAUGACUGCUAAAAAUACCAUUUCAGGUCAUUGUAUAGCUAGGGUGGUGUCAAUGUAAUAGCUGAAGUAAACUUUGCUUGUAUUCAGCUAUUAAUAGGACAAGCUAUGGAAACCCAGAAACCUAGUGCUAGAGAUGCGAGAGGAGGAAGAGAUUCUAGAUACCUGUUCUUUGGGAAGCCAUCAAUUCUUUAUAGGUCUGGCAAUGUGAAAAGCAAGAAAUAUUGUGUUUGUUGUCUUGUAAUGCAGAAAAAACUUUCAUUUUCUAUAUUUUGAACAUGUUUUAGGAAUCUGAGCCUAACCUGAUAUGAAUUGGAUUAGGCAGUGAUGAGCUGUAAUUUAUUUUUUCUCACCCCCACUCACAAACUUGUUAUAAUUGGUUUGGUUUGAUAAAUUGGGGAAAAUGUUUCUUAUACAAAGGCUUUAACAUUCAGUAUUCAGAGUUUCUUGGAUUUUCGCUCAGGUAAAAUGACUUUAGAUGAAAUCAGCAGGGGAACUUCUUGUAUAUUUAAUUUUUUUUUAAAAGAUGUGCUCUAGAAGCUGAACAAGGUUUAUACAUUCCUCUGCAGAGACUAUUUUGUUACAGGUAGAAGUAGGCUUGCUCUGGUUUGGCAGUUCUACACACCCACAUUUUCAAUAGCUGUAAACCUUAUGGUCAAUGAUGAUCCCAGAAUCCCUAAUACCCUAAAUGCCCUUCUGUGAAAACAGGGUUUUGUUGGUAUUUGGAUAUCUCUGAGAAGACAACAACCAGACUCAGAUUUCUAGCAUGUAAGAGAUGAUGUUUUUUGUUUGCUCUGUUUAUGAAAGCUAGUAGGGUGUAGGAAAUGUAGUAUGGAUGCUUGGAGAUUUGCUCUCAUAAAUGUUGAAGAAAGCAGUGACAAAGAAAUAUAAGUACUCGGCAUAAUGAAACCACACAGACAUAUCUGUAAGCACCAAUCAUAACAUAAUGCUCUAGACCAAAAGGCAACUAUGGACUUUUGUCUUUUGUAUUCGUUACCUUCAAGUCCAAAGCCCUCUGCAAGUGAUGACUUCUGCAAGAGUGAGUAGGAGACAGAGAAGCGGGAAAGAGAAAGAUGGAGCUAGAAAGAGAGAGGCCAGGAGAGUGGAAAGAGAUACACUUGCCUUCUUGGCCUAGCAGCAUUCAGUUUGGCUUCAGCCUUUCCACCACUAGCAUACCUUCCCUAAAAUAUGACACUGAGGAAAUGUAGUCCUGAACAGAUGACCUCUUUUCUCAAAACUGAAGUCAAUAUGUCUCUUUUAAACUAUUGGAAACCAGAUAUUUCAAGCCUAUGGUAGUCCUUCAUUGUGUAUUCUGAAAUUUUUCAUUAUCAUAGAAUCACUUUUCCACAAAAUUCCUGUCUUGUCAAAGGUCAUAUCAAAGACAGAUUUUAGAUAUUUGAAUUUUAAUCAUAUUGAAAAAAACAAAAUAAGCAUUCUAUAUGUUUAUUAUGCUAUGCAAAUAGUAGUGCUAGCAACUGAUUCUUGCUUCAGGUUUAUAUGAAUAAAGAUGACUAGAUUAAUUUGCUUUUCUGUUCUCCUACCACAAACAUAUACAUUCUGACAAGUGACCUUUCCUUUGCUUAAAGCUUCUUGAUGUCCCUUUACAGUAUUAUACACUGCACUGUGAAGUUCUCCAUACUAUUGUCAUGGCUGCUGAGGUUUUUUUUAAAUAUAAUUUCAUUCUGCUUAAAAUUGUUUCUCAAGGAACAGGUCAGGGUAUUUUCAUACUUUAGAAUAAGUUUAUAAAGCCAAUAGAGUAUUUUGUAUAAAGAAAUUUUAUUGUACUGUAUUGAGCUGCAAUAUUGUAAUACCAAGUUGUUAUAUGUUCAGAAUUUCAUGUGUCAAGAGUUCACGAUAACUGUUUCCUGUUGCAAUAAACUAAUCUUGAAAAGCUUC